AGUGUCGGUUUCCAGACAGCCUUUGAGUACAGUGCGAAGAGGAAGCAAGUGUUCCACAUCACAACUGGGAGCCAGGAGUUUGAUAAACUGCUGGGUGGAGGUAUGGAGAGCAUGGCUAUCACAGAGGCCUUUGGAGAGUUCCGCACAGGGAAAACCCAGCUGUCUCACACACUUUGUGUCACUGCUCAGCUGCCAGGUGAAGACGGCUACUCUGGUGGAAAAGUCGUCUUCAUUGACACAGAGAACACCUUCCGACCAGACAGACUGAGAGACAUCGCUGACAGGUUUAAUGUGGAUCACGAUGCUGUGCUGGACAAUGUGCUUUACGCCCGAGCCUAUACUAGUGAACACCAGAUGGAGCUGUUGGACUUUGUAGCAGCCAAAUUCCAUGAAGAAGGUGGAGUGUUCAAACUGUUGAUCAUCGACUCCAUCAUGGCUCUGUUCAGAGUAGACUUCUCUGGUCGAGGGGAGCUGGCUGAGCGGCAGCAGAAACUUGCACAGAUGCUUUCGAGGCUGCAGAAGAUCUCUGAAG